AGUGUGUGAUCGACCACAGUUGAGGGAGGAUCUCCGCCCUGUCGAUUAGACCACCUGUUCCGAGGCCGUCCUCCUCGUUCUUAACGCUCAUCUGGAAAGUGAUAUCAAGUUAGUGACAAGUUUGGUGCAACACUUUAUCGCAAAACAAACCCCUAAGCAACGCCUGAAACAAGUUCUCACCGUUGUGUGUUUACAGUGAGUUAAUGUGAAAAAUUCGUGAAAACAAAUGUGAUUUCCCUUUAGAAUGACACCUAGUGGCCAGCGGGCAAAGCGACGACUCUCUGGGGAAUACAUGGAGGCAGGCAUGCGAGCUGAGCCGGGCCUGGAGCUGCCCCGCCUGCUGCUGCCUGCUUCUCUCUGAAAACAUUAUUGUAUGACGUUUUCUCAGUUAACUUGCCCUGGAAAGUCCCUGGAAAGAUGCCCCUCGUGCAUUUAGCCUGAGGGAAGCAUACAGCGAGAAUACCACAGGACGGUGACUGGCAUUCCCAAUUACUCUUCGCUGGUUGCCUUUUGGACAUUUUUAGUGGAAUAUUAAACAGAAAGACAGCAGGGUAAAGAAACUCUUGAAAACUGGAAUCGUGUCCGGUAUGCCAGAGGUGAGGCUCCUCCGGCAGCCAUAAAUUCGGUCCACAUCGAGAGAGAGAAAUAUGGACGUUCCUCGACGGUCCCUAGACACAAACUGACCGUAGCUGGCAACACUCCUGCCGCUGGAACGUGUGUGCGUUUGAGUGUGCGUUUGUGCGUGCUUAGUGUGCGUUUCCCCGGCCAUGUGCACUACUGGACGCCACAUCUGAGUCUAAUUCUGCCCCGCCGUGUACACAUCAGCUCAUGGUGUGUGUGAGACGCAAGAUGUACUGCGCCAGAGCCACCACCCUCUGCGUCGCCUACCUGCUGCUCACCGCUCCGGGGAUUAGAGCGUCGACGGUGGUGGAACAAGUGGAGGUAGUGGUUGGCGGGGACCUGGAGCUUCCCUGUGAUGUCAUUCCCCCAAUUGAUGACCGCAUGGCUGUCAUCCUGUGGUACCGCGACAACCACCCAGACGCCAUGUACACUUACGACGCCCGCAACACCUCGCUCGGCUAUCUCCAACACAAUCCUCGUGACCAAGCCCUGGCCCGCCGCACCCACUUCUACCCGCAGCCUCCCGCACGCAUGAUCGUAAGCAGUGCCACCUUGCAGGACGCCGGCCGCUAUGAGUGUCGCGUGGAUUUCAUGCGAGCGCCUUCCAAAACUACCAUUAUUGAGGUGACGGUGGUGGAGCCUCCUUCUAUGAUCCGCGUGGCGUUACACACAGGCAAGACCGUCACUUUCACCGUCACCGCAGAUGAGGGGAGUCCACUGAGGCUGUCCUGCAUCGUGAAUGGAGGCCGCCCUCGUCCUCGGGUUUGGUGGACGCUGCACAACAAGACGCACGAGUUUGUAGUGGACGAGACUUAUGAAGCCAUCGACGGAGAGCGCACACAGAAUGACCUCAUGCUUCCACGCCUCACCCCCGACCACCACAUGACGCGCCUAGCUUGCCACGCCUCCAACACCAACGUUACGGGACCAAUCACCUCACGCAUCACCCUCCUUCUCAAUAUGGCACCCCAGCGUGUGCGCAUCACCGGGCUGGAGCAGCCGCUUCUCGCCGGCAAGAGCUACCAGGUGGGCUGUGAGACCUUCGGCAGCAGGCCCGCGCCCAUCCUCACCUGGACCAUCAAGCGACCUGACCGACUGGAGGAGAUGCUCGCCACGGAGGACCUGUCAAAGAAGAACGUGAGCAGGACAUUCCACGAGCUGGAGGUAAACUGGACGGACCACGGCGCCACGCUACGCUGCACCGCCGCCAGCCCUGCCCUUCUCGAGCGUACAGUUACCAACAGCUCCACUUUCGAUGUGAACUUCGCCCCUCGCCUCCACUUGAUGCUCGGAAGGAUGCUGCAGCCUGACGGGAUCAAGGAAGGGAUGGACGUGUACUUCCACUGUUCCGUGAAGGCCAACCCUAAGGUCUACAAGAUCACCUGGUAUCACAACGACGAGGAGGUGCAGCACAACUCAGCUGCAGGCGUUUUGGUGUCCGACGAUCAUUUGGUGCUGCAGGGAAUCACCAGGCGUUGGAGUGGUGCUUAUGUCUGCAAGGCGUCCAACGUGGUAGGGGACGCUGCCUCCAACACCCUCACCAUCCCCGUGCAAUACUCCCCUAUCUGCUCCUCGGCCUCCACCACGGUGUACAGAGCCGCCCUUGGUGAAGAGAUUCUCAUUCCCUGCAGAGUCUUGUCCCAUCCUCCUAACGUCACCUUCUCCUGGACUUUCAUGAACGCCCUAACAGAGCCAGCCAGCCAGCCAGCCAGGCCGCCAGAGAUAUUAUACAGAGUGGUGUGGGUCCUUGUCUCUCGCCUCCGCUACCUGCCGGAGAAGCCUCAGGACUACGGCACGCUUGCACUGGCUGCCUCCAAUAACGUCGGCAACCAGGAGAGUCCGUGUAUAUUCAGUGUAAAAACCCGCUGGUUAGUCCAGCUCAUCACAAAGAGUCCCAUGAAGGUUAAUGGGUCUGUUGUUUCGCUCCGCCUUUGUGUUCCUUUGUGUAAUGGUUUCCGGGUUGUGUUUGUGUCGAAAUUCGGUGUUCCUUCACCUCCACUCAACUGCACCGUGAGCAACCAAACGUGGGAGAGUGUGGAGGUGACCUGUGGUGACUCCGGGGCGUCGCUGGGCCAUCAUAGGGGCCACAGCUACGGCUACAGUAACCCUGAACUGAAUGAAGUGGUGCCAGCUAAUCACCCCGCGGAGCUGCUGCAGGACAGUGAUAAACCCCGCUACCUGCUGACAGUGAAGGAGCGACUCACGCACGCCGUCACCCACAAUCUCACGGGUGAGCGAGGUGUGUUCUCCGUGACGGGCCUGACAGCGGGCCUGGAUUACGUCAUUUCAGUGGUGCGAUAUAACAGUCACGGCCGCUCCUCCAACGUGACCCUCGAGGCGUUCACCCUCAGGACGGCAGAGAACAGGAUGAGAGAGGAGCUGGAGGGCGGGGAGUCAGCCCUGCUCGGGGUGGUGUUGGGUGUGAUGGGCGUGGUGCUAUUACUGGCCGUGGGUGCCAUCGCCAUAACCCUUCGCUCGCGCUCACGCCCGCGGCCCGCGUCCCCCGCUAACAAGACGAGGAUACCCCCAGGCGAGGCGAGUGAAUCUGGCACGCUGGACCACCCAGACCUGCUGGAGGCGGAGUCCCAUGUGCCCACCGCUGGUCCCUAUCGCUCCGCCGAGGUGACGCAGGCGUUGCUGUCCCCGGCCCGCACUCUGGACGAUGAGGUCAGCGUCACCCCCGCCUCCGUCUCUCCCACCGGCCACCUUGAGUACCUGCCGUGUGAGGGUUCCGAGUCCGUCUCCCCGAGCGUUAGGUCACACCCUCGCCUCUACGUGCGGGCGGAAGGACACACGGGUCAGCAGGAGAGCUUCCUCUGAGCACCACUAGCGCCGUGUUUCAGGGCGGACAGCAGCAGCAACAUCGCCAUGUAAAGUAAAUUUUUGUAGGAGUGGUUGAAAAUGUUCCGGGUGGUUGGUGAUAAACCUGUGACGUUUUUCAUGGAACGGUGGCGUAUUUUUUGGCAUAAUUCCUAUUUACGUAGCUAGUGAUGCAGGUGUUGGGGACGAGACGCCUGGUGGCCGUACUUGGUAUUUUUCUCACGUUUUGUGUGUGCGUGUGUGGAUGUGGGUGGCGGGUGGGUGGGAGGGUGGGUAUGCUUCCCUGUUUCAUAAAGGAGUAAACUGAAGCGUGUUUCAUGUCUGCUUCGGACCAGAAGCGUGAAUAGAGACUCAAGAUACGUAUUUUCUCCAGUGCUUGCUUGAGGAUACAGUUGUGAUAAAUUAUGGAAUUGCAGAAAGUUUCCUCGACAUCGACGGCCGAUAAAGCAGUGAAGGGAAAUGGACACACCGGACUCAUUCGAACUUGUUAAAUCGUCUGUGAGAUCCGAGCUAGUGUGUUGACAAGUGUUACCUUUUUAAGGGCUGUAAGGCCUUCGGGACGAGUGUACCACACAAACCGCUCCAAUCCCUCAUACCACUUUGACACUUUAUGAAAAAAAAUCGCACAAACAAACAAGACGAUGUGGGCCAUGAGUGAAGAAAUCGAUAUUGCUCAUGGCGACACAGGACGACGUGGUAUUCCCGAGGGGAGAAUAUAGUGCCAAGUGUCGCCUCCACGAGGGGAAAAUUGAGGGAAGAUGAUACUGAUACAGAAGUGCAGGUGGUCCAAGUGUUGUGGAAAAGGAAAAGGGAUAUGUAUGAAAUUUAUAAAUAAUGUAUAAAGCCGAUCACUCACAGGAAACAAAUACGUAAAAAAAUAUAUAAAUAAAUAUAUCUAUAUAAGAAAGUUAUAUGUUUAGACUUCCAUAUAUUUCGUAACUUCCAGAUUUGUUCCUCUUCACCGAUCAUUGUGUAGCGUUUGGCCCAAUGCUCUUCAACUUGACGUGAAAUCUUUUAACUCUGGUGGCCGAAUUCGCCAAAGAAUUAGACGUUGUGUGAGUCGUGAGAAUGUUGUUUGCUCCUUUUCUUUUUUCUUUUUCCUGGCCUCCCUCCAGAUGUCCUCGAGGGGCAAGAUGUGGGUUUGUUGCACCUGUUUGCCUGGGCCGGGGAAGGUAAUUAUCUGGAAAGUGGGACUAACACCAGCGUUUUCUUUGCUCGGGAACUACAUCGAUUUUUCUUUUCUUUUUUUUUUCUAUACGAGUGGUCUUUAUGUGUGUGUGUGUGUGUGUGUGUGUGUGUGUGUGUGUGUGUGUGUGUGUGUGUGUGU